AAGAAGACCGGCAUGCUCACCGGCCUUUCUCGAAUCUCUGCAUUUCUGCAUUUUGUUACAUAAAAUCUAUAGAGCCUUGGCCUAUGUAGUACUAGGCUAUGAUGACCCCCCUUUUCUUCUUAUACCCGUGGACCGUGGUUCAAGGUUUCAUCUUGGGGCCUCUAUCCGCAGGGUUCAUACGUCAAGGUUGUAUAUACAGCGAGUAUAUGUAGUGCUGGUGGUGCCUUACCACGUUUCCGUGGUUGUCUUUUCUUAACUGCUCUUUGUUCUUGCUCAGUAGUCUGGCGUGGGCAUGUUACCUAAACAUUUAAGCUUUUCUUUAAACGUCUGAGUGUUGCUAAGUCUUGCAGGGAACGUCAUUACCAGGCAGGCUAUAUCGAUUAUUUUACCACCUAUAUCCAACGAAUACUCUUGGAUCCCGGAAGUUCAAAUUACAACGAUUACGGUCUCCGUGACGAAAGGCUUAGUUAGGUAUUUAUCUCGCACUACUAGGUACUUGUGCAAACAGCAGUCGAUAAUAUGGGCUCUGCUUCUCAAGGAACUUAUGUCCUCCCUGAGGCUACGGCUCCCUCGCUGGUCCUCGCACAUCCAACUGAUACCGAGAAACGCCGAACCUGGACUCUCAACCACAGAGAAUGGGGUGGUGCUCUAACUCUCGAGGAGUACCUCAAACGAGAGCCGUACCUAACCACCAUUCCCUUAACACGCGACGGCGGUAUGACACACUGGAUCCUCACAGACUCAUCUUGGUCGGCAGAUAGCGGGGGAAACCGUCCGGUUCUCGCGUCAUGCGAGUCUAUUAGAAAGCGUGUGUUAAUUGCUUCCCCAAGCGAUAACACAGUACACGAUGGCGUAGGCCACGGUAUCGGGUCCGUCUUCACGUAUCCCGAAUUCCGCGGGAACCGGUACGCAGCGCGUAUGCUCAACGAGCUAGGUCCCGCGCUGAGGAAAUGGCAAUCUCACGGCCGUGACGCCGUGUGCUCAGCUCUUUGGUCGGAUAUUGGCAAGGCAUACUACGCGAAAAAGGGCUGGGCCGUAUUUCCCAGCCUACACGUCGAAUUCCCAGUAUCCACCAACCGGACUGAAGAAAGCGGGAAGGACAAAGUCUCGCCCAUAACAUACGAUAACCUAGAACCCCUCUGCCAACGAGACGAGCAGCUCUUAAAAGAAAAGCUCCUACGCACAGCGCAAAAAACAAACCGCACAAGCGUAGCCUUCGCCCCCGACCACGAUACCCUACGGUGGCAUCUCUACAGGGACGACUUCAUCGCCUCCAUCCUCUUCAAAUCAACCCCGUCGCCGCCACCACCACAAGAAACCUUCACCAGAGGCGCCCUAGCCGGUCCCGAAGGCCGCCGUGUCUGGGCCGUCUGGUCGCGGAACUACUACGGCGGCAGCAGCAGCGGCAGCGGCGCCCCGGCUGACAAUGUCGAUAAAAACACGCUGUACAUACUGCGGCUAGUCAUCGAGCCUGAAUCCUCAGAAGCAGAAAACGAGGAGAAUCCGAGCGAGGAUAUACGGGAGGCGUUUACGGCUGUGAUGCAAGCUGCCCUACGAGAGGCUUCCCGCUGGCACCUGGGGAAAGUCGAUUUGUGGAAUCCGUCACCGACUAUUAGGAAAUUGAUCGAUAGCGGCGGAUUACAGCACCGUUGGGUAGAAAGGGAUGAGGAUAGCAUACCGAGCAUGAUGUGGUACGGAGACGAGGAUGUCCGUAAUAUCGAGUGGGUUGCGAAUGAGAAGUACUGCUGGUGUUGAGAAAUACGAUAUGAUACGAGACGGGAGUAGGGUCCAAAGAAUGAAGAAACAGAACAGCACAAUUAGAGCGAAGAGGGAGCAUGCAGAGAGCUUGGGUUAGAAUGAAUUCAUUAAAUAUUGGCAACGGCUAUCUGGGGUAUCUAUAGAAACUUGCUCCGAGCAGACUUGGGACAGGGGUAUCGUUAUAGGGGAUGGCUAGAGUUGUCUUUCCAGUCAACACGGAUGUGGAUAGACUAGGUAGCUUCUCGAUCGUCGGCUCCCUAUAACUAAGCCUGUCGGCCGGCCAUGUUAGGAUAUAGGCAACUGCGUCCUGCUAUAACCUCGGCCGUCUGAUCGGAAAGGUUGAAUAGAAGAAAGAAGAAGGCUCUCUAGUAGAGAAUAAAU